UCUGGGCUAUAUCGGUACUCACAAACUCUCGAAAGUAGGGUUUUCUAGAAAACUGUGGUUUUUCGGGCUACUUGUACUUCUUAAAACGAUUUUUAAAAAUCACUCUUAAGACAUGAAACAUUUCUAAUGAUAUAUUUAAAUUCAGCAUCGAAAGGCAAACAUUUUGAGAAAAAAAAUUAAGUCUUCAACUCAAAGUUUCAGCUUUUAAGUUUAAUUUGAAAUUCAACUGUUUUAAAAUUGAAAUAGCUCAAUUCAGGCAAGGGAUGAAACCCUGGUUUAAACGUGGUUGGAUAGAGAAUUAAAAUCUGAACAAACAUAGGGGUUUGACGAGAUCUCACUAUUACGUGAUCAUGGCUCUUUAGGAGAUCUCUAGAAAGUCUCUUUCUAAUUUCACUUUCUUUUCUCUAUUCUUUAAAUUUAAACUUUAACACUGAACUUUUUCGAACUGAUAAAGGUCAAAAACAAUCCAAAUAAGAUAUGAAGCACUAGCGAUACCAGUCUAGAGAUCCCCUAAAGAGCCAUGAUCACGUAAUAGUGAGAUCUCGUCAAACCUCUACGUUUGUUCAGAUUUUAAUUUAAGUAUCGAUAUAGCCCAGACCAACUUUCGCGUGUAAGACGCUUAUUUUGUUAUUUCUCAAUGAAAACGAGUGAGAGUUCUCUACGAUUGCAGAAAAGAAUAUUCUGCAUCUUUUUAUAAGCGCAAAUUUUUUUGUGAGCGGUGUUCUUCGAGUAGAAACUGAUUUGCAAGAAACUCGUAGCUUUCUAGCUAUUUUACACGGGCAUUUCCAUUUACCCCACUAACUUUCACGUACGUUUCCAAUUGCCCCAAAUGGGGUAAUCGGAAACAUUUGAAAAUUUCUCAGCGUUUACCUCUUUAAUUAGAACUCAGACUAAUUAAUGAGUAGAGGUUGGAGAUCCUCACCAUUUGCAGAGCAAUAAUUGGUCUAUUCACCCGUGCAAAAAUCAUUAAUUAGUAUGAUUAGCUUAACGAGAAAACUGUUUUGUACUAAUGAAUAAUUUCCCGUGUAAAAUACAUGACGUAUCCAAUUACCCCAUCAAUUUCUAUUGUUCUUUCCAAUUGCCCAAGGUGGGGUAAUUGGAAAUGUUCGUUAGAGCUUUCAGCAAAAACACCGAGAAGUUCGCCUGGCACACGGAGUUUUUGAAAAUGUUUAGAUAGACUUAUAGAGAACUUCCUCCUCUAUCUACCUGUGAAAAGGGCGCAAAAAGAUAAUUAAAAUUAACAAAUUUAUACAAAUUAGAAGUCCAACGAGUCAAAAAUCGUUUCCAAUUGUCCCAGUUUACUCUACUAACUAUCAAGUUGUCCAGAACGUUUUGAUCUCUAAGAAAGCAUUAAGAACAGUACGCAUGUAUACACUUAUAUCGGCUCUUUUUGUUGAACUAAAUUACAUGGUCUUUCUCUUUGGUUUUGGGCAAGACAUUAAUCAAUUUUCGUAAUAAUAGCAAAACUUGAUUAAUUUACCUUGGUUGACUCAUUACAGUUUGAAAACAAACUUCCUUUUAUUUUUCAAACUCAGCAUCUGGUACAGCAUUUAGUUCUCUACAAACAAGUAUAAUUUUUAAUUUCAAUUUGUUCAAUAUUCGGUUGAUUCCAGUUAGCUCUUAUAACGCCCUAACUUUUAAUUACAAAUACUGGAUUGUGACAACAAAUAGAUUUUUUCAGACGUUUUCUAGUUACAUUGAAAUCGAUCCUGCUAAUUUUAGAAAGUAGUGGUGCAAUAGAGUUCUUUAAUCGCUACAUUUUCCUGCAUUUGAUUUGUAUAAGGUGUUGUAAACUUAUUUUAAACUCGCAGCAAAAAUAGUCGUCUUUCACAUUGUAACACAAUUGUUGAGGAGUUUUUUGUUUCUAAAUAUUUUCUGUCUAAAAUUUCCAUCUUAGAAAUUUCAAUUUCUGUGUUUUGUAGUUUAGACCUUGCGCUUACCAAGGAAAAAAAUAAAAUCUCUUGCACCGCGUGUUGGUCCCAAACGUUCUCUGCCCAACUAUGCAAGUCUCAGUCCUCGACCUAUAAUGACUCUGGCAAGGAAAAAUGUCCUUGCGAUCUACCUAAUCAUGUCUUUGUAAGUUCAAUAACCUUCAAAAUCACUGCAGGUACAUGUUAUCGACCGUUCUAAGUAGUCUCAGACUCCUGGUAACAUUUGAGUUAUGAUUAGAAUGAUCGGACGGUCAGGAAAAAAGUUUCGAAAAACUUCCGCUUAUGUGUUUGCCUUUGCUUCGAAAAAAUAAUAGUACUCUUUGAUAAUUCAAGAGCUUUCUGUCGAAAAACAGCACUCUUUUCUCUUUUGAAAGCAUUUGGUUUUAUCAAAAAUCAUUUGAUAAUACUACAAAGUCAGAGUGCUUUGUAGCGCUAACGACGCGAAGAACGCUUCCAUUUCGUUCAAAAGUUCUUAAGGAGAUCAAGUUAUAAAAAAAACGGAGGUGGUUAUUUCCGCCCACACUUAAGCACAAAAGAAGCAGCAGAUCCAUCUGCAUACUUCAUCAUAUUAUACACGAGACCUUACCUUAUCUUUACAUAUAUUAAAAAUCAGAAAACUCUGAUUUUUAGAGUACUUUGUAGUACUACCGAAAGGAAGAACGAUUUCAUUUCGUUCAAAAGUUCUUAAGCAGAUCACACUUGUUCUGCUUUGAGAGAAAAAUAUUUCAGGCAAAGAAAGUUUUUAACGGACAGCUGUCAUUCCUUUUUUUUGCUUUCAAAAGUAAAACUUUUUAAAAUUUUAUAAAAGAUUCAAAAUUAAAGCUGGAACUCUUAUUGUUAUGCAGUUCGACAGAGCACAUUAAGUGACAUAUACCCACAAGUUAUCGAACCAACUGUGUCUGAGAAAAUUAACAUUUUCCGUUCAUUGCAGUCUGAGCCCUUAAACUAAUUUCUUGAAAAUUAUGCAAACACUUUCAAAAAAACGCAGCAUUUUGAAGAACAAUUUUCGCAUGCAAAGUUGUUUAGUAUCAUCCUCUUCAUAUCCUAAGCGGAUUCAUUUCAGUGGAGAUAUUUUGAAAUAAUUACACAUAAAAAGUUUUGAGCUUUGGAUUUACUUAAAACUUACGUAAAUUGCAUUAACAACAAUAAGAAACAAUAAGAGUUCCAGCUUUAAUUUUGAAUCUUUUAUAAAAAUUUUAAAUACAGGAUCAAAAUCGUAUGACAUUGGUAAAAUUUCUUUUCUCACCAAUUACAAGUCUCUUCAUUGAAAGCACUGCAUGGUAUAUACAGCUUGAUGCGCUCUACAAAGUUAUAAAAAAACCGAAGUGGUUACUUCCACCAGCACUUAAGACCGGAAGAAGCUGCAGAUCCAUUACAUACAUAUUUCACCAUAUUAUAGACGAGACUUUACCCUAUCUUUAUAUAUAUUAUAAAAAAUCAGAAAACUCUGACUUUUAGAGUACUUUGUAGUUCUACCGAAAGGAAGAACGAUUUCAUUUCGUUCAAAAGUUCUUAAGCAGAUCACACUUGUUCUGCUUUGAGAGAAAAACAUUUCAGGCAAAGAAAGUUUUUAACGGACAGCUGUCAUUCCUUUUUUUUUCUUAUAGAAACCAUCACAACUUCUGCACGGUUACGCAAUUUCUAUCAACAAGCCAAACAAUACAUAAAAGCAUUUAAUCUAUUUAAAUCGAUACCACCAUCAACGAACGAUCAAGAUAUACAAAAUGAAUUAAUGUCAACACAUCUGUAUAUUGCACUAUUAUUUAUAUCAUUCGUUAUACUUCUAUUCUAUACAUCACUUACAGCAACAACACAAACAGUAACUGUCAAAGAACCAUCAAUUACACAAUAUACACAAAUCUAUGAAAAAUAUUCAAAAACUGUGUCUUGCCCAUGUUCCACGAUAAUUGUUCCAUACGCUAAAUUCUUACAACUUCAACCAACCUAUCAUCAAAUAUGUUCAUCAGAUUUUGUUAAACAAAAAUGGUUUGAUUAUAUCGAAAAUUAUGCUGGAUCAAGUAACACUGCUCUUGGGGUACUUGAUAAUGAUUUUCUUUUAACGGGAUCAUCCAGGAUGCAACUACUGAAAUCGUUUUGUCAAUUGUCACAAUCAACAAUUAUUGAUGAAAUGCAAGUAUUCUAUUCUACUGGAUAUGCUACUGCUACUGUCACACCAUUCGAAUUAUUCUCUAAAGAAUUUGAUGGAAAUAUCCAAUUAUUUAUAUCAACAACCAUUAGUACAUUUAUACCAUUAUUACAGCUGAUUAGUGGUACAACUCAAGGUAACAGUUUAUUAUCUAUUUUUGAAACAAAUUUUCAGUUUACUGUACCUUUUGAUUCUCCUGUGUUGAACUUACUACCUGCAGUUUAUAAUUAUACUUGUUCAUGUUAUGAUACAUCAUUAUGUAAAGAAGUCUCAGCUGUUUAUUAUGUAAAACCCAAUGAUAUUUGGAUUAGUCUUGCAUAUGUUGUUCCUAAUUGGUAUGUGGGUUGUUAUGUACUGGAAUUAUUAUUACAAUCAACAUUAGAAUGUUUUUAUCAACAACAAUGUUUUGGACAAAUGCAUUUAUACUAUCCAGCAUUUCCAAAUACAAGCGUACUCAAUUCAUCUAUUGAAAGUAAGUAUCAAUCAAAUACAACUAUUGGUGAUAUUGUUUACCAAUUGAUGGUAGAACAAUGGAAUCCAAAUGUAUCAUAUGAUCAGUAUUAUCACCAAUGUCAACCAAAACAAUGUACAUAUACAUAUGUACAACGAUUUGUUCUUAUUUACGUUAUAACAACAAUUAUUAGUAUUUUAGGUGGUGUUACAAAAGUGUUACAAAUAAUUGUACCACGUGGAAUCAAAUUGUUAAGAAAGUAUAUUUUACCAUAUGCUAAAAACAGAAAGUUUAAUGCGAUUGUUCCAGUUUCCGUCCGCGAAUGA